UUUGGCUCGAACCGGAAGUCUGCAGCGCCGCCAGUUUCUCUGGAUGGAAUGGGGCUAGCGUGAAACUAGCACAGAGCUUUGAAUUGAUUUGAACUUUUAGCAAAAUAUAAACGCAACCUGUCGCAGAGUUAAAUAAAGAUCGCGGUGAAAUGAAACGUGAUGUCCGGAUACUGCUGCUGGGGGAACCCAAAGUGGGUAAAACCUCUCUGAUCAUGUCUCUGGUUGGAGAGGAGUUUCCCGAGCAGGUUCCCCUCCGUGCAGAAGAGAUCACCAUACCUGCCGAUGUCACACCUGAGAAAGUACCCACACACAUAGUCGAUUAUUCAGAAACCGAGCAGUCUGAUGAAGUGUUGAGGGAAGAGAUCGUAAAGGCCAACGUUGUUUGUGUGGUUUAUGAUGUCACGCAAGAUGAAACCAUUGACAAGAUCAGGACCAAAUGGAUUCCGCUGGUUAAUGGAGGUGCAGAAAAAGGCAUCAAGAUUCCCAUCAUCCUCGUGGGCAACAAGUCUGACAUGCGUUCUGGAAGCUCAAUGGAAGCCAUUCUGCCCAUCAUGAACCAGUUUUCAGAGAUUGAGACCUGUGUAGAGUGCUCGGCUAAAAAUCUGAAGAAUAUUUCUGAGCUUUUCUAUUACGCCCAGAAGGCCGUUUUACACCCGACUGCUCCUCUGUACGACCCUGAGGACAAACAGCUAAAGCCACAGUGCGUCCGAGCUCUCAGUCGGAUCUUCAGUAUCUCGGAUCAGGACAACGAUCACAUACUCAGUGACGCUGAACUCAACUGUUUCCAGAAACUGUGUUUUGGGAAUCCACUGGCUCCUCAGGCCCUAGAGGACGUAAAAACUGUUGUGUGGAAAAACACCAGCGAUGGAGUUCAGGACAAUGGACUCACACUUAAUGGGUUCCUGUUCUUGAACACGCUGUUUAUACAGAGAGGACGUCAUGAGACCACCUGGACCAUCCUGCGUAAAUUUGGUUAUGAUGACACACUGGACCUGACCGAUGAUUACCUGUAUCCACCGUUACGAGUUCCUGUCGGUUGUACGACAGAGUUGAAUCAUUUGGGUCAACAGUUCCUGCAGAAGCUCUUUGAUAAAUAUGAUGAGGAUAAAGAUUUAGCUCUCUCUCCGGCUGAACUGAAGAAUCUGUUUGGUGUUUUACCCUACAUGCCCUGGGGUCCGGCGGUGUACAGUAAUGUCCCUAUAACAGAGGAAAGCUACAUCUCCCAACACGGCUACUUCUGCCAGUGGAUGUUAUCAGCGUACCUUGACGUCCAUCGAUGUCUGGAGCAUCUUGGCUAUCUUGGCUACCCGAUUCUGAUGGAGCGAGAAUCUCAGACCUCCGCCGUCACCGUGACGAGAGAAAAGGAGAUAGAUCUGGAUAAAAGACAGACCCAACGAAACGUGUUCCUCUGUAAAGUGAUCGGUCCUCGCGGAACAGGAAAGACAGACUUCCUACAGGCUUUCCUCAAGCGAAACGUUGUGAGAAAGGAACGCAACCCUGGUCCUCCCUCGGUUUACGCCAUCAACACUGUCUCUGUAUCCAAUCAGGAGAAAUAUCUUAUUUUGGAAGAGGUGGAUGUGGAAACUGAGUUUUUAAAAGCAGCAGAUGCUGCAUGUGACGUAGCGUGUCUGAUGUAUGACGUCAGCGACCCAGACUCAUUCAACUACUGUGCUAGUAUAUAUAAGCAGCACUAUAUGGACAGCGGGAUCCCGUGUGUGGUGGUCGGCUCUAAAGCGGAUCUUGUAGAAGUGAAACAGCAUCAUGGCAUGAGCCCAUCUGAAUUCUGUUACAAACAUCGCCUGCCUUCAUCUCUUCGCUUCUCUGCGCUGCUCCCAAACGCACACACGAACAUCUACAGCAAACUCGCCUGGGCUGCCAUGUACCCACACCUGAAUGGAUCAGACAUGAACAGCACUUCCUUCUGGCUCCGUGUGACUUUGGGUACCACGAUAGCAGCCAUGUUGGGAUUCGCCGUCUACAGAGCCUUCAGUCGACACAAAUAAUGACACGCAUGCUAUUCACAGGCAGCGUAUACAGUUUUGUUUCUUUACCGAGUCAUGUGUGGCUAAACUGGUAGGUAAAGCCCAAAACAUCACAGGGACUAACCAGAUAUUACGUUGGACUGAUGUAUUACACGCAUACACAUAAAUUAAAAACAGAUUGAUGGAGUUUCACCAUGAUGCUUGAAGCAUGAAAACCAUGAAGUUUUUACUGGUUGACCUCAAAAGAUGUUUUUUCAAAUUGAUCUCAUAGCCACAGAUGUGCUGGUGUAGGUGUAAUGCAAUGAUUCGAUAGGUGUUUGUUUUUCAGUACUUGAAAUGUAUUGAAAUCAAAAAUGUUUAUAAUAUGGGACGUUCUUGAAGCAUGUACGAGAGAUACGUAGACACUUCCAAUCGGAUCUUACUGGAAUUUAAUGUAUUUUGCGGGGUGGCUCAUUUAAAUGAAUUCGUACAAUGUAAAUUAGGGAUGCUUAACGAUUAAUCGUGAUUAAUCGUUAGCAGAAUAAAAGUUUUUGUUUACAUCAUAUAUGUGUGUGAACUGUGUAUAAUAACUUUGUAUAAAUAAAUGUACACACAUGCAUGUAUAUGUUUUAGAAAUGUUUACAUGUGUAUAUACAUUUGUAUAUUUAUGUAUAAUUUAUAUUAUAUAUAAAUAUAAAUACUUAAUAUAUAAAAAAAAAAUCUUAAAAUUAUACAUGAAUGUGUUCAUAUUUAUAUAUAUACAUAUUUAUUAUACACAGUUUACACACAUAUGUGAUGUAAACAAAAACUUUUAUUCUGCUAACGAUUAAUCACGAUUAAUGUAAAUCGUGCGAUUAUUAGAAAAACACUACUGAUAACUCACCGCUAAACCUGACAUCACAGGGUAAAAUAUCACCUCGUAAAAUACGUAGGAAUUGCCAUGAGAUUGUGUUGACACUUCUCAAUGCUGGAGUUUUGCCUCGGUCAUACAUGAGUAUCAUUUCAAACCCUUUUAGUUUUAAAUUAAAGAAAUAUUCAUGAGUACGCUCGCAAAUAAUAAUUCUCUGACUUCAAAUAAGUGUAUUACCUGUUAUACCCAUACACUGGAAGUAGGUAUGUUUGUCCUAUAGACUUACAAAUGCAUACAUGUCAAGACCUAAAUUUCAUUUUGUAAACUGAAGAUCAAAUCGAAAUGAUGUUUUUGGUAAUGGAGAGCAUGCAUAAACGCUUCGUAAUGAUGAACCAAGAGAAUUUCUUAAAUUGAUUAAGCUACGUUUAGUGUUUCUUCUAAAUUAAAACAGAAUAAACCGUAACCCCUUCCAGCCCAUCAAAUGGACGUUAGUAUUUAUGGACCAUGACUUAAAAAAUGUGUAUAUGUGUUUAUUUUUAUGGCAGAGACGUCAAAGCUAAAUUUGUGAGGAGUUAAACUCGGUCAGUUGUUCCAAAAUGUCGCUUUUGUUAUUUGCCUAAAUUGUUUGUGAAUGAUUCCUGAUUUUAAAACUAGUGUAGGGAUGGAUAGUGUUUAUAAAUAUAUUUUAAAGUAUAUUUUAAGAUAAAAUGCACCUGGCCUAUAGUUCAGAACCAUCAUAUUGUUACAGGAACCAGAUUCUUAAGAAACAAAACGAUUUGGUAUUUGUUUAGUUUUUUGUUAAUUUUCAUAAGUUUUAUUGUUCAGUAUUAAUAUCUGAUCACAUCUACAUGUGAUGUUGGGCCCAACUGUAAGAUACCGCAGGCUUCUCUCUGUUCGGCCUUGGUCUUCCAUCUUAAACAUUAAAUGAAAGUGAAAUGAGAUGCUUGGAUUGAAAUAUUUUGUAAUAAACUAGCUUUUUUUCUGCUUA